AUGAUUGGGUUUAAUUAUUGCUCAAAUUAGAGCUAUUCUUAUUUGGAUUUAGACGUCCUUUGCCGAAUAAUUGAAUAUGAUCCUAUUGAAAAUAUGUAAAUUUACCAAGAAGAAAAAUCAAUUAAAUAUAUAAUUGAUAGAACUAAAUAUGUUAGAUUAAGUGAUCUCAUAUUCUCCAUAGUAAUGAAUACUCCUUCUAUUAUUAGAAAGCAAAAUUUAUUAGGUUUCACUUAGGCUAAUUGCUAAUGUUGUUUACUGCAAUGUUGAAGAAAACCAUAGAAAUGGAGGACUUGGAGAUAGAACAUCUAUACCUAGAUGAAAACAGGAUAUGGUUAGAACUUAAGAAUAAUAGUCCACAAUUAUCCAUAUUAUAUGUCAAAUUUUAAUAUUCUCUUAGGUUUACAGGAUAUUAAUGCAUAAUUUAUGAGGAUGAUUUAGAUGAAAAAAUGAAAGCCUCAACAAAAUUAUUAUAAAUUAUUUCUGGAAUAUUAUAAGAUUUUAAAACUGAAAAAAUUACAUGCAAUAAAUAGGAUAGCUAUUUUUCAAAAAUAGUUGAUGAAAUAUAUGAUCCUAUUAUAUAAUCAUGUUAAAACUAAAAUAUAACAGAUACGUUGAAUUCUAUUAAUGGCAUUCUAUCAAAUCAUCAAUAUGAUUAGGAUAGUUAAACUAUUAAUUAUGAUGAUAACCUUAUUGACCAUUAUCUAUAUUAAUUAAGAGAUUAUAGAUUAGAGGGUAUUAAGAAAGAAUUUAUGGAGAGUAUAAACAAAUAUGAAACAAACUAAUUGAUUUUAGAGGCUUCUUUAAUGUAGAAAGUAGAAUAAAUAGGAAAAAAUGUGGACGAGUUGUUUAGCUAUAAUCCCAAAGCAGAGGAGUCGAAAAAAAUUGAUUUAAUAUGUGUAGUAUAAGAUAAGAGAGAAAAGGUACUUAAAAAUCUACUUGAUUCUCUCUUUAUACAUUACUUUUAGGAAAUGGGAAAAGAUUAUAAAUUUUCAAUUUCUUAAGAGGAGGAAUAUUAAAUGAAAUAAAACAUAAUGAAGAAUAUUCAAAAUCAUCAUUUGCAAUAAUAUUUUGAAAAUUCCAUCUAUUUUUAUUUCAAACCCGAUUAAAUCUAAUUAGAAUAAAAUUAUUAAUUACUGCUUUAAAAUUUAAUAAAGUCUUUUAUCAAAGAUGAAAUAGAACUUUAUAUUCAAUUACAGAUUUUAAAAUUAAUUGAAGAUUUAAUUUGA